AUGAUGGCUGAGGAUGCGACAGCCGAUGCGACCAGACGCUUAAAUGUUAAAAAACAGACCUUGGACGAUGCGUACGCGGCUCCAGCGAACUUCUUAGAAAUCGACGUGGUAAAUCCAGUUACGAUGGGAGUUGGGAAAAAACGCUAUACGGAUUACGAGGUUCGCAUGAGGACCAACCUUCCCGUAUUUAAAGUAAAAGAGUCCAGUGUGAGACGGCGAUACAGUGAUUUUGAAUGGCUCAGAACUGAACUAGAAAGGGAUAGUAAAAUAGUAGUACCACCACUACCUGGUAAAGCUCUAAAGAGACAACUACCAUUCAGAGGGGAUGAUGGUAUUUUUGAAGAAGAGUUCAUCGAAGACCGCAGAAAAGGCUUAGAAGUAUUUAUCAACAAAAUAGCCGGCCACCCCCUCGCGCAGAACGAGCGAUGCCUUCACAUGUUCCUACAAGAGCCGACCAUCGACAAAAACUACGUUCCCGGCAAGAUACGAAACACA